CUCCAGCUGUAAACAAGUGGAUUGCGUUGUGUUCAUUAUUUCACCAAGUUGGCCUCCUGCUCUCUGCCUGAGUGGCAGCGGCGGGCUCCGGCCGUGACGUCGAUGCGUGACGUCGAUGCGUGACGCAGGCUCGCCCUCCAUCACCAGCCGAGCCCACUGACAGAACACACCACCUACAGACGAGCACAGCCCUCACGGUUCAUGGAAAUAUGUAGUUAGCUCGCACAGUCGCGCACAUUUCGACAACGGCGGUUUUGCGGAGCUGAGCGGUUUCAUGGAAAGCUACCAUGGGUGGCCAUGACGAUGAAGAUAUGCCAUAUGCCGUGAAUAAACAAAAGCAAGACGAUGAGCUAAAGAACAAGCUGAACGACAGCAGCCACUGGUGCGAGCCGGAGUCCACCGGCAAUAAUGCCAAAUGGGUGAAGGAAGGCCGGAACCAGCUGCGGAAAGUAGCCGAGAACCACCAGGACCAGGACCACAACUGCAAUAUAAGCCAGAAUGGUAACAAGGAAGAUUUCCCUCAUCAGAACACCACUCAGGAAGAACAACAUGGAAAUGAGGAGCAGACAAAGUCCCCAAAAGUAACCAUGACACCUGGUCUCAGUCAGGAGGAGUCCAAGAACAUCCUUAAUGAGCCGCUCCUCAUCGACACUCUGGAGUCCACCGAAGAGAAGGAGAGAGGAGAGGAUGGCAAAGAGAAGGGCAACAAGUUGGAGGAAGACGAGGAGACAUCAGGCGACACCAGAGGAGAGAAAGUGGCAGAAGAACAGAGUAACGUGGAGUCUCAGAGAGAGGGCGGUGUUGUGGGAAGAAAUGCCUGCCUCCUCUUCUCCAACAUGAACGGGACACCAAGUGACGAAGAGUCCAGCUGGCCUGCGCUGUCUCAGGAUAACACGGCUGACAGCUCUCCGAAUGGCAACCGAGAGUCCUUUUGGGAUUCCAGUGCCUUUGAGACGGACACAGAUCUACCUUCAGGUUGGAUGAGAGUGCGAGAUACAUCAGGCACAUACUACUGGCACAUCCCUACAGGCACCACCCAGUGGGAGCCUCCAUCCCCCCUGGGUAAAGUUGGUGACUCCAUGAUGUCGUCCACUAUGUCGCUGGAGACCACUCCGUGUGAGGAGCCGGAGGAGUCCUGGGCUCAACUUUCCAGCACAGACGAAGGAGCUGGUGAAGGAGAAUUGUGGAGGGAGGAGGGAGAAGUUGCAUCUGAUCAAAGUCUGAAGGAGUUUGAAGGGGCAACUCUACGCUAUGCAUCCAUCAAUCUCAACUACAAUUGCUCCCAGUCUGAGGAAGAUGAGAAGAUCGCUCCACUCUCCACAGAUAUAGAAACUAAGUGUUUCGCGGUGCGUUCACUGGGCUGGGUAGAGAUGUCUGAGGAGGACAUGGCACCUGGCAAGAGUAGUGUUGCUGUCAACAACUGCAUCAGGCAGCUCUCCUACCACAAACACAACCUUCAUGACACGGCCGGUAUCUGGGGAGAGGGUAAGGACAUGUUGAUGGUCCUGGAGAAUGACACCAUGAACUUGAUCGACCCACUGGGCCAGACUCUGCUUCACGCUCAGUCGAUCGGCAGCAUCCGUGUUUGGGGUGUAGGCAGAGACAAUGGCAGGGAAAGGGAUUUUGCUUAUGUGGCUCGGGACAACUUGACCCAAGUCCUGAAGUGUCAUGUUUUUCGCUGUGACUCACCUGCCAAGAACAUUGCCACCAGCUUACAUGAGAUGUGUUCAAAGAUAAUGCUGGAGAGAAGGGCAACCAGGCCUGGUGUGAGCAGACUCAACUCUGACCCAGAUAAACCUGUGGUCAUCCCUAUCGAAGAGUUUCCUGCUCCAAAAAAUGAACUCUUCCAGCGCUUCAAUGUUUAUUACCUUGGUUGUGAGACUGUGGCCAAGCCAGUUGGUAUGGAUAUAGUCAACGAUGUGCUAGAGGCAGCAGCGAAUGGAAAAGAUAAAAAUGAUUGGAUUCCUGUCUCCGUGAAUGUUGCACCAGCCACCCUCACUAUACUUUCUCGACAGAAUGAGGAAGUGCUAUCAGAGUGCCGGGUGCGUUUCCUGUCUUUCAUGGGAGUUGGGAAGGAUGUCCACACCUUCGCUUUCAUCAUGGCAGAGGGUCCGCAAGAUUUUACCUGUCACAUGUUUUGGUGCGAGCCCAACGCCGCCAGUCUGAGCGAGGCUGUACAGGCUGCCUGCAUGCUUCGCUACCAGAAAUGUUUGGACGCACGUCCGCCCGGCCUUGCCUCCUGCCUGCCCACUCCUCCUGCCGACUCUGUGGCUCGACGUGUCAAGAAAGGGGUGCAGAGUCUGCUGGGCAGCUUUAAGAGCUACAGGUCAGGCUCUCAAUCCCCUUGAGUCGGAGCGAAGAUGAUGCAAGGUCCAUUACACACAGGGUCCAUCACCUCAGCCCCCUCUCACUCUAGCAUCUCCGUCUUCUGUCAUCCAUUCGCUUUAAGGCCGUUUCACUCGUCUAGUCAGUAGUCUAGUAUGUGAAGUAGUUUCUGGGGGGAAAAUGUGUGACGGAAAAAGAAUGCAUUUAUUUCUCUUCUUGGCUUUUAGUUUAUACAAUGAUCUUAAACACUCAUCUCCAAAUAGAUGAAUCCCCGGUAUCAUUUCCUUUCUUUUCUGGGAUUCUUUCUGUGAGUUUUAACUAUUUUUGUGUUUUAACAGAAACAACGCUAUGAAUGUUGGAUAUGGAUGUAAUAUAUUUUACAUCAGCUAGAAUUUGCUUGUAAAAGAGGUUGCUAGAUUCUCUCACAGAAUUUGUUCCCGUCACCUCCUCAGUGCAAUUAUGAUCUCUUACACUCCUCAUUUUUCUACUGUCUAAAGAAGGCACUGUAAUGCAGUCGCUGUCAGAUGGUGUAGAGUUUUUCCCAUACUGGUUUUCUGAAACAACACUGCACCUUAGGCCGUGAUAAAAGCGCUGCAGGCGUCUCAGUUGUGUGCCAUGUAGGUAAAUGUCCAUCACCCUCCAAAACAAUGUAUUUUAGUCUUCCAAAGAGCUGUAUGGUCAUCUGUCACAUAGUGAGCAACCACUGAUUUGAGUGUAGUGUGUUCCUCAUACAUUUCUGCAUGAACGUUUGCAAGUUCAGUGCUAGUGUGCAAUAAUCAGAUGUUCCUGUAUGGUGUGGUGAUGCGGUGGCUGCCGUGUGAUUACUUGUUCACUUUUAAUGAGCGUCUGAAUCGAUCGAGUGUGAGGCUAAUGGAACAGCAGAGCCAUCUUGAAAAUCAUGAUCUCGUGAUAGAAAUAAUAGUAAUAAGAAAUACAAACUCCGGGUUCUCACUCAGCUUUUUACCACCGACAAACUUCUCAACUAGUACUGUAGAAACUCACCACGAGCUGCAUGUUUCGAUAGCUUAGAGUUCUUGCUGCUCGCUGCAGUUUAGUGAAUCAGACCCAUCAAUGUAUCCUGUAAAUCCUUUCUGUGUUUUCCGUACCGUGAAGAGGAGGCAGGCGUCGAUGUGUUGUUUCGUGUUACAUAGGCAUGUCACUCGAGUCAGUGUCAGUGUUUAUCAUAAGCUAGCAGUAGAACGUUAGACUCCCUGUCACUUCCGUCAGACUGAAAAGAUGAGAGCAGGUUAACGUCUGUAUUCACAGUUUGUGUAUAUGAUAAACCUAGAGAUAAUUUCUCACAUUUUAAUUUUUGCUCCUCAGCCACACGUUGUUGUGUGUUGGCGCCCGGCCGCUCCACUUAAUCUGUUGUCUUUUGUUUCCAGACACUACAAUGUAAACAGUUGAGAUGAUUUUCACAUUGGCUUGUUAGAUUUACUUUUUUAUAAAGAACACAUUUAUCUCCAUGUCUGUCAGUGAUCAAUACUGUAUGUACAAUAGUAAUAGUCAUAUUAAAGAUGCAGUCAGUAAGAUUUUUUUCGGAAAUAUUGACCACCGCAGGGCUUUUGUUUGGCCAUGUGUCUGAAACCUUUGUAGCUAGAUAUUAAUCAUCCUGAGGCUAACUGCCUCCGCUACAUAGAAAUAAAAAUAAGUCUACAAAUUAAAAACCUUUUUAUGAAUUAAAAAUAGAUUUUAGAAGAAAUUAAUCCCCAAAUUAAAUUACAACAAAAUGCAGAAAAGGAAUGGAAAGACAUGGGCAAGAAAUACAAUUUUGUAUUUAAAAUGAAUAAAUAACAUAAUCUAUGAAACAAUAACUUAACAUGAAAUUAACAAUAUAUCAUGCUCAAGUGAGUCGUUUUUAUUGUAUUUGUUAGACUCACCUGCUGUCAGCAUCCUAUAGUUUACAACUGGAUAGAUGACGAUAGUUUUUGUUUGUUUGUUUUUUACAUUUUCUAGAACCUUUUUUUCCACUUGUCUUUGAUUAUUUUUUUGAUUUUGCAACGAGCUGAUAUCAGAAGUGUCCUCAAAAGUUUAACUAAAAAUUACACUGGGUUUCGUACUUUUGAAAUAUACAGUAUAUCCACACGUGUGUCCAUGUAUAUCCAUGUUUCAGAAGUAUAGAUCGGAAAUGACUUAUUGUGUGGUGAGACAGAGAUUUCCAAAUAUAAAGCUGCCACGGAGUCUGUUCUGUUGUCCGACCUCGUCACCUAGUUGUUGAAGCGAAGCAGAGCUUUGUGAUGACUGGUCGUCAUCUUCAGUCCUUCUUCUGAUGUUUUGAACAUUUAUAUGUUACCAAACACAAACUCUUAGCAACUGCUUCUUUACGUGUGUCAGAUAUAACACUAAUGAAAACUACAUUGACUCCUCUACUACUGCCCUGUCACUCAUGUGUCACUUGGGAUUAUUGUGCUUUUCCUCCUUCAAAGUUUGCGGUGUCCAGUCAGUGGCGACACUAAGGCCAGAUGAGUUCAAGAACAUUAGCAGAUUAAUUUAUUUCUGUUUGUGUAAAUUAGGUGUAUAAAAAUGUAUGUAUAUAAAAGUCACUGCACAAUAAAUGUGGACAUAUCAUAA